AUGCGUGCCAUUGUUCUGGUGUCCUUCUUGGUCUCUUCUCUGCAAGCCAGUCAUCUGCAGGGAGAACAAACCUCAGCAAAGAGGGAGACUCGAAGGGGUCCUUGCGUGCGAUGUUGCGACCCUGCGGAGCAGCCAGUCUCGAUCACCUCUUCUCGAUACAUCCGGAUGACGAGCGACUCCACCUAUUCAGUGCCAAAAGUCCGGCCCACGAUAGACAUCACGAUCUUGAAAGGUGAAAAAGGAGAAAUGGGAGUCAAAGGAAUAUCAGGGCCUGUGGGCAAAGCGGGUGAACCAGGCCUACGGGGCUAUAAUGGUCGGAAAGGGCAGAAGGGUCAACUCGGCCCGCCGGGAUACUCUUGCAAGCAGUAUUAUGUGGCGUUUUCAGUGGGCCGCCGCAAGCCCCUCCAUAGUUCUGAUUACUACCAGCACGUCACAUUUGACACCGAGUUCGUCAACCUCUACAAGCACUUCAACAUGUUCACGGGGAAGUUCUUCUGCUACGUGUCUGGGAUCUACUUCUUCAACCUCAAUGUCCAUACCUGGAACUACAAGGAGACCUACCUCCACCUCAUGAAGAACGACACUCAAGUCGCUAUCCUGUAUGCCCAGCCCAGCGAACGCAGUAUUAUGCAGAGCCAAAGCCUCAUGCUCGACCUCCUGGAGGGGGACGAGGUCUGGGUGCGGAUGUUCAAAAGGGAAAGGGAGAACGCCAUCUACAGCGAAGAGUCAGAUGUCUACAUCACUUUCAAUGGACAUUUAAUUAAGCCAGCCACAGAAUGA